CACUAUAGAAAUAAUUAUUAACAUGAUCGAUAUUUAAUGUAUCAAUUAAUAUUCAUGUAACAUUGGGCAUUGUAUAGUUAACUAUUCUUAUCAUCGGUCUGUAGCGUGGUGUCGAGUAGCGUUUGACUAUGAACACCACUACAAGAAGACUAUGUGCCAGUUAACCGAUAAAAUCCCCCACUUAUUAGGUAUUCGCUUUUAUCCAACGCUAAAAAACCUACACAAUAUGCAAAUUGUGAUUAAUAUAUGGUAUAUAUAUAUAGCACUUCAUUGAGGCGAACGUAUUUUCGAAUAUAAGAAGUUAUAAGUUUCAAAUUCGAUAUUUUCUCGAGAAACAAACAGAAUGUUGGAAGAAUUUAUCAAAGCAUAUCUUCAUAUAUGUUCUGAUGGUGAUCUAGUUGCUGAACGGCAUGAAUUAGUUGAUUAUUGUAAGAAGAAAAAUCUUGAUCAAAAUUUGGUCCAGGUAAAUUAUAAAAUUUAUAUAUAUACUCAUUUGCAUAACAGUUAGUUUCUCCAAGUUAUUAAUUUCUGUUUAAUAGAUAAUCUUUCACCUUACUGUAGUCCUCUACAGGUUACGAAUACCAAUGGGAUGUUAGUAGAAUGAACAAAAUGUUGUUUGAUAGGUAAUAAUAUUGAUAACCGCCGGAGACCAAAUUUCUGAUGCUAAUUCUAUCCCUUUAGAUAGUAUAUAAAUUUACAAAUUAUAGGCAGAAAAAUAAAAAGGUCCCGGAGUGAACAUCAACUCAGAUGCAUGCAUAUCAAGCUGACGGGUCCCAAAUAGGACGAAACACGCGUCCUGGAUUUCACUGCAAGCCAUCAUCUAUCUUUGCUUAUAAUGCUUGUGACCUAAGGCAGAAUCGAGCCAAUACGCACAGUAUGCACAUAUGCCUAUAAGAGAUUGAUAAAUUGCAGUCUUAAACAUCAAUGGAAAGAUUCAAACAAACAGUACCAAGUCAAAUUAUCAAAUAUCAUUCAGAACUCAAGCGAAUGUUAGAUACACAUCGUAUUAUCGAUUAACCCGUCAAUAAUAUUAUGAUUAAAUUAGUAAAAUUGCAGUUACUACUGGCAUUCGUAAUAGAAUAAUAAUCAUAACUGAUCAGUUUUAUUUAUCAAGAUAGUACAAUGGUUACAACGGUUUGUAUACCUUGAUAUGACGGAAAUGUAGAGAAGUCAACAGUAAUGAAAUAUCAAUUACAAAAUCAAAUUUUCGACUAAAUAGUCUUAAAGUUUGUUGACAAAACGAAGUGUUGUGGGUAGAUUAAUUAGAUCAACGAAUAGUUGAAACGCUUUUUUUCAAGAAAACAGUUAUCAUCAAGAAAAGUAUAUAAACAGUAUGGAAACACCAAACAAAUAUUCAAGAAAUUUAUUAUUCGUCAAGGUGUUUUGUAUAAAGAUUAUGAAAACAGUUAUUACCGUAUAGUAAAAUUAGUUAGAGAAAAAAUGUAAACUAAAAUCUGAUAGUAGACAGUUGCUUCGCAAUGAUUUGAGAUACCCUAGCGCUGUACACUUACGACGUAAUAAAGGAUAGAUUCAAAAGAUCUUUAUGUUUUUUUAUAAGAAGUCUAAUAUUUCAAAAUUAAGUAAAUGUAAUAUAAUGACUCGAAUUUUCACGUUUUUUCAAGUUCCGUUACUCGUGAUGUGGUCUAAUCAUCAGUUGCUAUUUUUAUUCGACUUCCAUCAUAGACAAUUCUAUAACUCAUUACUUCCUAACAGAAUGCUAAGAAAUCCUACUUGGAGACAAUCAUCAGUAAAUGUAUGAUUCAUAAUAGUGGAAGUAAUUAGUGAUGAAAUGUGUUUAGUAAUUAUCAUGGUUACUUAUUAUAAAUGUUUUAAGUUCAUAAUCCUUGCAUUACAAGUCAGUUUCUCUAAAAUAAAGAAAAAAAUAGAUUCAAACACAAAAUGUAUAAGUAAUGAUAAAGUUUUGAGGUUAAAGCGGUAAGACUGAUUAUCAGUUGCAUUUUGAACAUUGAAGGAACAAUUUAUAAUUAUUUGAAAACUUGCUGUCAAACUUUAAACCUUAUGAUUCAGAAUUUAAUCACUUACACCUUACACCUACAGUAAAUUUAUAGUUCGCGAUAUUGCGCAACAAUCUUCCUUUGUCUUUGAUGGUCAACUUUUUAACAUUCGAUAUGUUUAAACAUCACUAGUCUUGGCUUGUCAGUGCGACUCUCUAAAUUUUCAUUCGAAUUUAGUCGUUCGUGAACAUAUAAUAACUAUCAGUAUAUGGGGUUUGUGGACAUUCUUGAAUGUUGUUGAAGGUACCAGAUGACCUAAGUUAGACAGCUUUUUCACUAGUGUGCAGUGAUGUCUGUGAACUUGGUCACAGUACUUAUUAUCAUACCUGUAUCUAUUAGCACUUUAUUUUAUUUCUUGGUCCACAGCAAUGGAUCGAUCGUUUUGAUGUUGAUAAAGAUGAUCAAAUAACAAUCGAAGAAUUUUGUCGGGCAUUAGGCCUAAAUCAAUCAGAAAUGUGUGUAGAAAAAGUUCAACGUAGUAAAGUAAAUGUUGCAUCAACACCGAAACCUUCAAAAGAUUUUGAAAUUAUUCUAUCAAAAAUGUCACCACAAGCUGAAUAUGAUAUAACUGAACAUGUACGUGAACUUAUGGGUGAUUUAAAAGAAUUUAAACAAUCAGAAAUUAAAGAAAUAUCUAAUAAAUUAAAACAAUAUUUAGAUGAAACAUAUGAUCGUGUAUGGCAAGUAAUUAUAUUAAAUGGAUCAUAUUGUAUGAAUUUUUCACAUGAACCAUUUAAAGCUUUACAUUUUAAAUAUGGACCAAAUAUCUUUUUAUUAUGGCGUACACCAAAAGGUUAAAAUAAUCCAGUAAAUAUACAAUUAAACAUAAAAAAACAAACAAACAAAUAAACAUAAAGAUGGAUUGAAACAUUGAUCUUAGUAUUUAAUGUUAAUUAGUUAUUUACUAUGUUCAAUAAUUCUGAUGUUUGUUACUAUGAGUUAUGUAAUUUUGUAUUGCAAAGAAAUAUACCUAUUACAUGUAUUACAAUUAAAACUUUUAUUUAAAUACUUUUUCAAUAAUAAGGAAUUUA